AUGCUUCGAUGUCAAGACCAAGCUGCGAAGUGCAACUUUGGUAGUAAUGCAGAAGAGAGUCGGGCUAUCAGCGUGGUUGACAAGGUGAUUCUAUACGCUCCGAGCGAUCUCAAGGAACAGCUGCUGCAAAAAGAUGUUUUGAAACUGGACGACGUUACCAAAAUUGUCAGCUCGUAUGAAUCGGUGAAAAAGCAAGCGAAAUCGUUUAGUCUUCCAGGAACAAGUUUUUCUAGUGAUACCGAUUGCAUACCGUUAUCCAGCGUGAAUAAGAUUAAACACAUGACGAAUAGAGGGUGCACACGAUGCGGUCGAAGCGGCCACUUCGCAAAUGACUCUGCUUGCCCGGCAAGAUUGAAGGAAUGUAUAAAAUGUAAGCGAAUCGGACAUUUUGCCGCGCAAUGCCGAUCUCUACCUGCACUGAAGCAUAAACAGUUUCCAAAGCAAGAGUCAAAAUGGCAAAGUAAACGAUUCAAGUCACACCAAGUGAACGAGAUAGGAACAUCAGAUGACAAUGAAAGUAAAAACUUUCUGUUCAGUAUCAGCGAUGGAGGCGAGCUAAUUAGAAUCAAGCUGGGUGGAGUAGUACUGCAGGUGCUCGUGGACUCUGGGUGCAAGAAAAACAUAGUGGAUGAACAAUCUUGGAACUACAUCAAAGCGAAUGGGGCAAAGAUAUGGAACCAAACAAAGAACUGUGACGAGGUAUUUCUACCAUAUGGUGAAAAUGCGAAGCCGUUGACACUUUUGGGGAAUAUUCGACACAACUCCAAAGGUGGUCAACAGUGCUUAUUAGGCCGAGUCACUGCCACUGACUUGGGCGUCCUUUUUAUCGGUUUACCGAGUACUCAUGGAGUUAACGCAAUAAAAACCACGGGAGUUCAGCCAUUUCCCAAAAUUAAGGGUAUCCAGGUUAAAGUAUCGAUCGAUGACUUUGUACAACCAGUAUGCCAACCACCAAGGCGGCCUCCCAUCGCCUUCAUGACGAAAAUUGAAGAUAAAUUGAAUUCGCUGUUGGCUAGUGAUAUCAUAGAGCGCGUUGAAGGUAGCAGUCCGUGGGUAUCUCCAUUGGUAACAGUGGUUAAAGAUAACGGGGAUCUUCGAUUAUGCGUUGACAUGCGCAGAGCAAAUAUGGCCAUUGUGCGGGAACGACACAUAAUGCCAACAAUUGAUAAUUUCCUACCAAGAUUCACAUCUGCAAAGUGGUUUAGCCGGCUUGAUGUGAAAGAAGCGUUUCAUCAAGUGGAGCUUGAAAACGGAAGUCGUUACAUAACAACUUUUAUAACCCACAUGGGACUUUUUCGAUAUAAGCGUCUGAUGUACGGUAUAGCUUGUGCAUCAGAACUAUUUCAAAGAAUCCUUGAACAAAUUUUGAGUCCUUUUAGCAAAAAUGUGGUUAAUUUUAUAGACGAUAUUCUGAUAUUUGCUAGCACAGAACAGGAACACGAUAGAGUACUCGACGCAGUGUUGUCAACGCUGAACAGAUAUGGAAUGCUGUUAAAUCAGGGUAAAUGCGUGUUCAAAGUUUCGGAAUUAGAAUUCUUAGGACAUGUUAUAUCUCCUGACGGAAUCUGCCCUUCGAACAGUAAGGUUGAAUGUCUUCAAAAGUUUCGUGCUCCCAGCACCUCGGAAGAAGUUCGGAGCUUCCUGGGGUUAGUGACAUACAUUGGUCGGUUCCUACCGAAUUUGGCGACAAUAACUGCUCCACUUCGUGAACUGACUCAUUCUGGAGUCAAAUUUAUUUGGGGUGAAAAACAACAAACAUCUUUCGAAAAGCUUAAGGAGCUGAUAGGCAAUGUGCAACACUUGCGAUUCUUCGACAACACUUUGCGGACCAGGGUUAUCGCUGAUGCUUCGCCGGUGGCGCUCGGAGCUGUUCUUUUACAGUACAAAGGACCUACCGAUGAUGAUCCACGACCAAUUGCCUACGCCAGUAAAAGUCUCACAACGACAGAGAAACGUUAUUGUCAGACUGAAAAAGAAGCUCUCGCGCUGGUCAGGGCAGUGGAGCGUUUUCCGUAUAUCUUUUGGGGCGAAAUUAAAUAUCGUAAAGGCAUCAAUAAUGUGGCGGAUCCGUUUUCAAGAUUGGUCGAGGAACAACCGCCAAAAGAGUUUGACGCUGAAAGCAAGUUUAUGGUGCUAGCAGUUCUGGAAUCAGCGGCGAUCGAUGUUCAGUUGCUUGAGGAGAUGUCUAGCGCUGACGCUACUUUGGGAGCCGUUAAGCAAUGCCUACGUACCGGAAACUGGGAUAUACAGCUAGUUAAGCCUUUCACUCCUUUCAAGAACGAAUUAGGAUUCAUCGGAGAUCUAGUAGUCAGAGGAAAUAAAUUAGUUGUACCAGAUUGUUUAAGACAACGCAUGCUAGAUUUGGCUCAUGAGGGCCACCCAGGUGAAUCAGUGAUGAAACGACGCCUGCGUGACCGUGUUUGGUGGCCUGGAAUGGACCGGGAUGCAGAGAAACAGGUUAAAGCAUGUGACGGAUGCAGACUAGUGAGUUUGCCUAAUAAACCAGAACCAUUGAGCCGUCGUGAGAUGCCUUCAAAGCCAUGGAUUGAGGUAGCCGUAGAUUUUCUCGGCUCAUUACCUUGUGGAACCUAUUUACUUGUGAUUAUCGAUUACUACAGCCGUUACAAGGAGGUGGAGACGAUGGCCAAAAUAACUGCGAAAGAAACCGUCGAAAGACUUGACCGAAUAUUUAGUCGACUCGGUUAUCCACAAACAAUCACUUUAGAUAACGCGAAACACUCAACUCCAUAUUGGCCACAAGAAAAUGGAUUGGUUGAGCGUCAAAAUCGCUCCCUAUUGAAACGCCUUCAGAUCAGUCAUGCUCUCAGCAGGGAUUGGCGGCGGGAUCUCCGUGAAUAUUUGCUGAUGUAUUACACCACGCCGCAUUCGAUCACGGGAAAAACUCCGACGGAACUGUUAUAUGGUAGAACCAUUAGAUCCAAAAUACCCACGCUGGAUGACAUCGAGACAAUGCCCAUCAGCAGUGAAGCUCGUGACAGGGAUCUGGUUUUGAAGGAUAUAGGAAAACAAUCAGAAGACAUGCGACGCCAUGCUAGGAAAUAUUCACUCGCAACAGGCGAUACUGUGCUUAUGCAGAACCUUUUGCCUGGUAAUAAGUUACCAACGACGUUCAAUCCAAAGGAGUACGUUGUGAUGCAUCGCUCUGGACCGCGUGUUACCAUUGAAGAUCCAGCGACUGGCAAGUCGUACGAUCGCAAUAUUGCUCAUCUGAAAAAGGUGUCUGAGAAUGCGGAAGGAUUAACGGAAACGAAUCCAACAUCUGAGGAAGUCAACGAGAAUCACAAUGAUCCAUUACCCGAGUUUUUGCCAGAAUCUUCCAAUUCAGAUGGUGAAUUCAAUGGGUUUAACAUCGGGUUGAAUCAAUAUGAUGAGUCUAAUUCACUUCCUAAAAAACGACAGCGACGUGCUACGAAGAAGCCUUCUAGAUUUGCAGAUUACGUACCGUAA